AUGUCUAAGUUUGUUAAGCCCUUUGUGUAUUUGUGUUUAAGUAUCUAUCUUUUCCCUCCGGUAAUUUUAAAGCCUUUUGGGAGCAAUUACAGGCGUAUUUCGUUGUCCGCGUGUAAAAAGAUAUUUGGUUCCUGGAUCUACUUUAUAAAAUGGGUUUGCUUCCUAAUCGUCCACUUGAUAUCUAAUCAUACAAUUGUCAUAAACGACACAUUUCCAAAACUUUUAGAAGUCUGCGGUCUUUUGUUAAACGAUGGUAAAUCAUGUCAAACUAUACGCUGUCUAAGGUAUAGUGACAUGAACAAAGAUCAACACCACGACGAAUUAAGACUCGAUCAAAAAAGGCCAGAACCAGAGCAAAUUAGAACAGAAUCUCAAACUUUUGUCGUUACAGAUUUAAAUAACAUCGAUACUAAAACAGAACAAGACGACAAGGCCUUCAUAACUUUGCGCCAAGUGACAAGUUCUCGACGCGUUACUAUAAAAAGAGAACCGUUAGACCAAGAUUCUAAAGAUCUACUGUCCGGUUCAGUUGAAGAGAAAAGCAUUGAAAGUUUAAAAUGUAACCAAUGUAGGCUGUGCUUUAUUAAUUUGGAGCAUUUGAACAUGCACAUGGAACCUUGCCACGGUGUCAAUGACUACAAAGUACUAGCGUCCCCACGCAAGCUAAACUUAUUUUGCCAUUCCUGUCAGAUAACAUUUAUUGGCAGAAAGGGAUACUCACGCCACUUAAAGACCACCCACCUCGUUACUAGCCAAGUUCCUGCACAAUACACACCCAACCGAGAUCUCCCCCCAAUCAUAGAUGAACGUACUCUCUACUGCAAUAUAUGUCGUAAAACUUACAAGUCUAUUCCCAUUUAUCGUACACAUAUGAAGAGAAUUCAUAAAAUGGGUAAAAAGCCUAUAAAAAGAAAACCUGGGGAUCAUAGUUGUAAUAUAUGUGGCCGACUCUUCGCUUCAAAACUCGUUCGGACCUCUCAUUGUAAGAUUGCGCAUUACGGAUUUAGGUUUAAUCCUAGGUUUAGGGCUUAG